AUGACUGAGACAUUCCAUGGCUACAUUGAAACAACGCAAGACGUAUUGUUGGUUUUCGAAGGUUGCAGACGUGGCUUAUUGCCAAGAGUGAGAAGACGACUUCAAGAAAAGGAACGCAAGACAAUUCAGUCAGGUUCUGUAUUUGUGUUUGACGAAAGAGAGUCAGGUAUCAAACGGUGGACAGACGGCUUUAUAUGGAGUCCUUCUAGGAUCCUGGGAAACUUUUUGAUUUAUCGUGAGCUGGACAAACGGUCUACAGACAAAAAACUAUCCUUGUCGAGUAUAUCAGGCGCUGAUGCACGACAACGGAGCUACAGUGCAGAUCAAACCAACUCAUCCUCGGCCGCAGCAGCAGCAGCAGCAGCAGCGGACAUGACAGCAGACCGUAACCGAGAACGCCGGCUUGUCGGUAGUUUGUCAGAUUCCUACAAAUUCCGCAAAGAUGGACUGGUGAAGAAGACGAUGGCAAUCGUAGUGAACGGAGUAUCCCAACAUUUGAUAUCCUACUACAACCCCGAAGAUAUUCUUCAGAGCAAAUUGCGUACACCAUCUUCGGUCGCAGAAUUGGCUGGCCUUGAGAUCUCACCCGACCUGCUCGUCAAGCACAACUUUCGCAUCCCACCUGUGGUUGAACCUGCAUUCGACGAAGGCGACCCAAUGCAAGCCAGCCAUUACCCACACGAUUAUGGGGGUAAGUUAAUAAAUACAAAUAUAAAUAUUUUUCAAAAACAAAACCAAAAAAAAAAAUGA